CCGUGAACGCGCAUAGACCCUUUAAAGGUGGUUGACAGCGUGACGCGGCUUCCCUUUAAGAUCCCGUUAUGCGUCACCUGACUCGCUCCACAGACUACAGCCAAGCCGGGACCUUAAAUUGUGCUUUCAGUAAAAACCAAAUAUAUAAUCCAGUCCUGUGCAAUACAUUUGAUUACAUUUAACUCGGAAAUACUGUUGUGUUCUUAAAUCACACCCUUUAAAAAUACAUCAGCGUCGAUAUUUGACCUGACGAGAAGGACACUGGAUUUGACCGAGACUUCAGGAUACCGAACAGGUUUAAAACAGGAGAUUAAUCGACGGAAACCUUGCGUUUUCCUUAAGCGUGUUUAUAAAUCGUGACUCUUUCAUCCGCUCGUUUCUUUGCACCAAUUCGUUGAUUUUAUUAACAAAACACAUAAACACAUCGGUUUAAAAGACAUCUUAAUCAAAGAUUAACAGUUCUCUGUAUUAAUUUCCCAAGAGAGCUGAAAAACACGCGCUAGCCUAUAAUACGCGGCGUAGGGCGUUACGUAAUAGUGUCGCUUUCCAUGGUGCUGAAACUGACCGAUGAAUAGACGCAUACAUCCGCCACAAUUGUAAAAAAAAUAGAGGUAAAUUAAAAUAUUGUUUAGUUAUCGAAUUAGCUACAUCGUUUCGUUCUGGUUGGAUACCUAGGGGAGACAUCUAUUACCCGUAGUUUUUUUUGUCGGCGAAUUGCUUAUGCAUUUCGGCUGUCCUUCCCUUUUCCCCGGUGAAGUCGAUUCUUGAGGUGGUUGUGUAGACGCCAGUGGUAGAAAAUGUCGGGACAGACUCUGACGGAUCGCAUCGCCGCGGCGCAGUACCAGCUCACCGGCUCCGAUGUGGCUCGUGCCGUUUGUAAAGCCACCACGCACGAGGUGAUGGCGCCCAAGAAGAAGCACUUGGAUUAUCUGAUCGCAGCCACCAAUGAGACUAACGUUAACAUCCCUCAGAUGGCUGACACGCUGUUUGAGAGAUCCACCAACGCCAGCUGGGUGGUUGUGUUCAAAGCCCUCAUAACAACUCACCACAUCUGCAUCUAUGGCAAUGAGAGAUUUAUUCAGUAUUUGGCUUCAAGGACUUCUUUGUUCAACCUCAGCAACUUUAUUGACAAAACAGGCACCCACGGUUAUGACAUGUCAACAUUCAUCAGACGAUACGCACGGUACCUGAAUGAGAAGGCGUAUGCUUACCGCGCAAUGGCCUUCGACUUCACCCGAGUUAAGAAGGGAGCUGAGGGUGUGAUGAGGACUAUGGUUCCUGAAAAGCUUCUGAAGGCAAUGCCUGCUCUGCAGACUCAAGUAGACACACUGCUGGAGUUUGAUGUUCAUCCUAAAGAUCUGAACAACGGGAUCAUAAACGCAGGCUUCUUGCUUCUCUUUAAAGACCUGAUAAAGCUCUUCGCCUCCUAUAAUGAUGGGAUCAUCAAUUUAUUAGAGAAAUAUUUCAAAAUGAAGAAGUCUGAAUGCAAGGACUCCCUGGAGAUUUACAAGAAGUUUCUGACCCGAGUGACCAAAAUCGCAGAAUUCAUGAAAAUCGCUGAGCAAGUAGGCGUGGACAAGAAUGAUAUUCCUGACAUUUCUUAUGCUCCUAGCAGUAUUCUGGAGUCUCUCGAGACACAUAUGAACAGUCUGGAGGGGAAGAAAGGGGAAGGGUCGCCUACAAAGGGAUCACCCACCAAUAAUGUUUCUCCGACCUCUACCCCUGCCAAAUCUGCGUCAGCACUUCCCACUCUAGAGCCGCCGCCCACUGAGGCCACGCCCACUGCUGCCGAGACAGCAACUGAUUCUCUGCUGGAUCUGGACCCCUUAUCUUCCUCUGGACCUUCUGCGGGAGGCGCAUCAGCUGCUCCUACAUCUUGGGGAGAUCUGCUAGGGUCAGAAAUAGGUUCCCUUACUACAGAGACUCUCCUUCCUGACCCAACCCCCGCCGUAGACUCCAACUCCUCAGCCACGCCCGCCACCACAGCCACAGAGGCAGCCGUUUCUUUGGCGGCUCCUUCUUCCGCUGCCGGCGGUACCUCCGGCUCAGCGGAUCUCCUCGGAGAUGUGUUUGCGGCCCCUGCGGCUGAAACAGCUCAUGCUGCAGAGGGUGGGGCCACAUCGACCAUGUCCACCCCUGCUGCCGCCAGUACAGCUGCAACCGACUCUGCAGGUGCUGGUGAGGCCAAACCAGCCGCCCCGACUACAACAGCUCAAGGAGGAGACCUGAUGUCAGGUUUUGAUGGAUUUGGGGAUGUGCUGAUGCCAGCCAUGGCUCCUCACGCAAUGGCCGCCUCACCAGUCAAACCCAUGGGAGGAGAUCUGGACUCAGCUAUGGCCAACAUGACCAGCAAUCUGGCCGUUGGAAACCAGAAACCGGGUGAAGCAGCUGGAGGGGCGAACUGGCAAACACAGACUUCCCCUCUUGGGGUCUCUCCUGUCAUGGGAUCCCCAUCACUGUUUGGCAUGCCUGGAGCGGGAGCUCCUCCCAUGAUGCCAGGGUCUCCGAUGAUGGCCGCCCAACAGCCAAUGAUGAGGCCACAGUUUUCUGCUGCAGGAGCUCCUGGACAACCGAUGUCUCCAGGAGUGGCCCAGAGUCCCAGAAGGCCCCCUCCUCCUAAAGAUCCUCUCGCUGACCUCAAUAUCAAAGACUUCAUGUAGAUGAUGUAGACAGCUGGUGUAAGUUUCACGACAGCUAGAACAGUCGUCACACUUAUUGUGCAGCCCUGAUGAAACAGAUGUGUGUACACUCUCUCUCUCUCUCUCUCUCUCUUCCGUACAUCAGAUUCAAGGCCCCGAUUCCCUCUCUUUCUCUCCCCUUCUGUCUGUUGUUGUAGCACAAACUGUGAAUGUGACUAAGUAUGUGUCUGUAUGUGUGUAUUUUAAUGUUCUCAGUUACUUCAGAUCUCUAUAUAUUUAAAAAUACAUGGAAGAGUAAUGGCAGAUGCAUUGAACGUAUAUCUGCAGGUCUCUCUCUCUGAAUAGAUGUGCAUUCAUUUUUCCUAGCUCGCUUUCCGUGGGAAAUCAAAUGAAAAGUGUGACGUUUUCUGUGGAAAAUUAUAAUUAUUUUUAUUUAUUUUUUGCUGUGGUAAAUAUCACUGGGCCGAUUUGUGUCAUAAUCAGUCAAGUAUUACUUACUGUUUUGUCCAUGGGAUUUCUGUGGGUAAACAAAAAUGAAUGAAUAUCAGUCUUACACAGGUUACACUAGUGUCUCAUGCACCGUUUCCGUUUUUAUCAAUGCCCUGUUUCUUUUUCGUAUCUAUUCAUUGUGAGUUACAUGCAACAUGUGACUAUUUGAUGAAAAUACAUAUGCAUUUCAAAGUAUUUUAAUGACAGAUUGUUUUGAAUAUUGUUAGUCUUAUUUUGAGAUAAAAAGGUUGAAUAUAUUUUAGUUAAAAUGUCAAAAAUUUACUUUACUACGUGACUAGUUAGUAAUCCCAUUUGUAGAAUAUGUGUACAUCAUGAAGAAACAUUAUGGCAUUUUCUGAGCCAAUAGUUUAGUUGGUUAACCCUGCAAGUGUAUUACCAUUAAACAGCAUGUAAUUCCUGAGUUAUCCAGAUGGGAUUUAGCCAGAUUUAUUUCUGUCAUCAGCAAGUUUACUUCAAUAGUUUAUGUUUUGUUGAAUUGCGAGUAACUGUAUUGAAAGGUCUUCUUAAAGUAAAUCAAAUGGACAAACAGCAGUCUGAUGGUACAGUAUUGCAUUUUAUUGAUGGCUGUUUUUUAUUUCAAUUGAAGAUUUUGUUGAUAAAUUUUAUUUUUGGAUGGAAUAACACCCUUUGCCCCAACACACCUUUGUGCAUGUUAGUCCUGUUGAAAUGCAAUAAACAGUGAUCCGGAACGAGAA